AUGCACAGUCUGAAGCCAUGGACAGUUGCGAGAUGUGCUUUCCCGCCCCUGUUCUGGCGGAAUGGCUCCACGAUUCCCAGAGCACCCAAGUGGUGGAGGGCCGGGCAUGCACGGCAGCGGCCGGGAAGCAUUGCCGAAGCCGAGCUCCUCUCGCACCUGGCGCUGCUGCUGCAGCCUGAUGUGCCCAUCAAGGAGGUCUUCCGGAACUUCCCGGUGGAGAAGAGUGAGAAGUGGGGCAAGAAUCAGGUGAGCCCAGACAUGGCUGUUUAUGGUGCUUUGAGAUUGAAAGAAGCGGCGCUGUUUCUGGAGUAUGACGGAUACUAUCGGCACCACACCCCCGCAGGCAUGCUUGCGGAUGUGCGCAAGAGUGAGGUGCUUCUUAAGCACGCACCGGCAGGAUCGUGCGUGUUACGCAUAGCCCAUGCCCAACGCGACCUGGAAUGGGCUUGCGAGACAAGGGAAGUGACCAUAGAUUCAUGGCAGGUGGGUCACCAUGAAUCGGUCCUGAUGCCAGUUAUUCAGGUCAUCAGGCAGUUGCUUAACCACUUGAGUGCUGUACUACGGCCUGAAAUGAGAUCAAGUUUGCAGCGCUUUCUUGCUAGGCCUGAGGUGGAGGUUGCAAAGGUCAUUGCCAGAUGUCCAAAUGUCUUGGGACGAAGCAUGGAAAUGAAUUCGAAGGCAAAGGUGCAGUGGCUUCGAGACACGGGCUUGACAAAGAUGGCGGUUGCCAAGGUCAUUGCGAGACAUCCAGCCGUUUUGGGAUGUCGCAUCGAAGAGAACCUGAAGCCCACAGUCCAGUGGCUUCGAGACACGGGCUUGACAAAGAUGGCGGUUGCCAAGGUCAUUGCUAGAAGUCCAGCCGUUGCCAAGGUGAUUGCUAGAUGUCCCGCCGUUUUGGGAUGUAGCAUCGAAGAGAACCUGAAGCCCACAGUCCAGUGGCUUCUAGACAAGGGCUUGGUGAAGAUGGAGAUUGCCAAGGUGAUUGCUAGACAUCCAGCCGUUUUGGCAUGUAGCAUCGAAAAGAACCUGAAGCCCACAGUCCAGUGGCUUCGAGACACGGGCUUGACAAAGGUUGAGGUUGCCAAGGUUGUUGCUAGAAGUCCAGCCGUUUUGGGAUAUAGCAUCGAAAAGAACCUGAAGCCCACAGUCCAGUGGCUUCGAGACACGGGCUUGACAAAGGUGGAGGUUGCAAGGGUCAUUGCUAGAUGUCCAGCCGUUUUUGGAUAUAGCAUCGAAGAGAACCUGAAGCCCACAGUCCAGUGGCUUCGAGACACGGGCUUGACAAAGAUGGCGGUUGCCAAGGUCAUUGCCAGGUAUCCGAACAUUCUGGGAUUCAGCAUCGAAGAGAACCUGAAGCCCACAGUCCAGUGGCUUCGAGACACGGGCUUGACAAAGGUGGAGGUUGCAAAGGUCAUUGCCAGAUGUCCAAAUGUCGUGGGACAAAGCAUUCACAUGAAUUUAAAGGGAAAGGUGCAGUGGUUUUUGGAGCUGGGUCUUGACUGUCGCGAAGCUGCUGGCAUGUUGGCAGUUAUGCCGUCACUGUUUGGCUUGAAUAUCACACGAAACCUGUCUCCGAAGAUGGCUCUGUUGCAGCAGUUCGUUCCUUCUGGGCAAGUCCCCGACCUUCUCAGACGAUAUCCCGCUGUGCUGACGUACAGCUAUGAGCGCUGGUCACAUCGCUUCCGAAUUCUGAACGAACGCAGUGAGCUGUCAAAGUUUGCUUCUGCAAUGCAAUACACGGAGGCAGCCUUUACGAAGAGAUUUGGGGACAACAUGAGAACAAAAUAA